ACCUUUGACGUAACGGCACAAUAAAGUAGUCGCUAUAUAUCUGCUCGCUCACAGAUAUUUGAGAAAACCGUCUUGUCGCGGCCGGGGACGUUUAUACAUGGUUAUCCAUCACUUGGAAUACGGACACUUAUAGGUCCCUAACAGCAACACAUUUUCAGAAAUGACCUGUGUUCAAAGUCAACAUGGAGUCCAGACCUAUGAGAGCUCCCUCUUCAGCUCAGAGUUUUUGAAUCCUGACUUCACCUCCAGGUUGGCCAUGGAUGUGACUGACCAGCGGGACCAGCUCUCCGCACCCUCCCUACCCAGCAUCACUUCUCUGGUCGGAGGCUACGUUGGGGAGUUUGAUACCUACUCGUGCCAGAUCGCCACUGGUGCUGCUUCUUCCUGUCCGGGUGGCACCUCUGGGCAGGACUCAUUCAAGCUGGAUGAACUCCAAGUUUACGGCUGUUACCCAGGCACAUUUGCUUUUAGCUACCUAGACGAGACCUUGUCCUCUUCAGGUGGGUCAAACUGUUUCGGAAGUCCAGCAUCUGCUCCCUCACCCUCAACCCCCGGAUUCCAGCCCAUGGCUGCCUGGGACAGCACCUUCGGUCCCUGCUCUCCCGAUGAGGGCUGCUGGGGUUCAGAGAAGCCUCUGAACCAGGCCGCCUCUUUCUUCUCAUUUGGACACGAUGAGCUUUCUUCUUUGGGACAGCUGCAGCCACAACUGCCAGAUCAGGAUCCCUUUUCUCAGUCCCAGCAACACGGUUCUCCACUUCCCUUCAGCCUAGAGCAGGGCAGUCGGGAUGGCUCAGGACUUAUGGAUGGACACCUGUCUCCUAAAGUAAGGAGCCCCACGGGAAACGAAGGGCGCUGUGCAGUGUGUGGAGACAACGCUUCCUGUCAGCAUUACGGGGUGCGCACUUGUGAGGGAUGCAAAGGCUUUUUCAAGCGCACAGUACAGAAAAACGCCAAGUAUGUGUGCCUCGCCAACAAAGACUGCCCAGUGGACAAAAGGCGGCGAAACAGGUGCCAGUUCUGCAGAUUCCAAAAGUGCCUAGCUGUGGGGAUGGUGAAAGAAGUUGUGAGAACAGACAGCCUGAAAGGUAGAAGAGGUCGCCUGCCAUCCAAGCCAAAAGUUGCUCAGGACUCACUGUCUGUGUCUUCGCCUAUAAACAUCAUCGCCUCUCUCGUCACUGCCCAUAUCGACUCAAACCCUGCCAGUGGAAAUCUAGACUAUUCAAAGUAUCAGGAAUCAGUGUCUGGAUUGACCGAAAAGGAGGAUGCCAACGACAUACAGCAGUUUUAUGACCUGCUAACAGGGUCAAUGGAUGUGAUCAGGAAGUGGGCUGGAAACAUCCCUGGAUUCAGUGCCUUCUGUAAGGAGGACAAAGACCUUCUUCUGGAGUCAGCUUUUGUUGAGCUCUUCAUACUUCGACUAGCUUACAGGUCAAACCCCGAGACAGACAAACUUAUUUUCUGCAACGGUGUGGUUCUGCACCGGAUGCAGUGCGUACGGAGCUUUGGCGACUGGAUUGACUCCAUUAUGGAGUUUUCUCAGAGUUUACAUCGCUUGAACUUGGACGUAUCGUCUUUCUCCUGUCUUGCCACACUGGUCAUAAUCACAGAUCGACAUGGCUUGAAAGAGCCCAAACGAAUCGAAGACCUCCAAAACCGGCUGAUCACGUGUCUCAGAGACCACGUCUCCAGUACCCCCGAGGCCACGAGGCCCAACUACCUGUCCCGACUCCUGGGCAAACUUCCGGAGCUGAGAACACUGUGCACCCAGGGCCUCCAGCGAAUCUUCUAUCUUAAACUGGAAGACUUGGUGCCACCUCCACCCAUUGUGGAUAAAAUCUUCAUGGACACGUUGCCAUUCUAAAGAGGCUUUAUAAAAGGACAAGCGGAGCUGGAAAAGAGUUUUUGGAGAUCUUGAGGUUUUCACUAGACAAUGGACUUUAUCGCUUACUGUUCUCUGCUUUCUUGGAAUGGAAUCAGAGAACGAUUACAUUCUACUUACACGCCUGCGUUUGGAGAUCACAUAGUCUUGAACAUUGAACUCACUAAGUGACAUAACAAAAAUUAUGCAUUUUGUUGAAUGUGUUGGUAACUCUAAACCAGGUCGGCCCUGGAGUGCCGAUAUCCUGCAGAGUUUAGCUCCAACCCUACCUUGAUUAGCAGGUGUGUUUGAUUAGGGUCGGGGCUCAACUCUGCAGGACAGCGACACUCCAGGACAGACGGUGGCUAACCCUACUCUACACAGACAUGUUUCAAAUCUUAGUACAUUUUAGCUGAAAUGGUGGCUUCAGUCAGUAGCAUUUCAGGUCAGUGGUGCAAAAGAAGCAAAUCAAACGUUCUAUAUGUGACUUCUAGAUGAAAGAUUGUCCUAUCAGUAUUACAACUACGUUUAGACAGUAUAUUCCACAUAGACAACAUCCAAAAAUCCAGUAAAACACCUUCCAACUUCAAGUUAGACAUGCCAUGGACCAAAACAGGGAGUAAAAGCAUUUACUUGGAUGUUUAAAUUAUCAUACAAAGCCUUAAAUAUGCUCAAGUGCCAGAGAACUGUCUCCCUUACAUAUCCUCUGAAUCAUGCUUACACUGAAAACAGAUUUUGAGUACAGGACUGAUGUGAGUGCAUUGGAGCUAAACUCACUGGAGGACUGUGGUACACUUGCCUAUUGUUUCAGUUGUUUUAGUUUGUAUAAAAGAUUGAAAAAGUCACAGGAGAUCCAGUGCAGCUACUGUACAUGUACUGUACAAAUACUUUGAGUAUUAUUACAGACCCCUAACUUAGUGUACCAGCAAAACCUUAGAGUAAUUAUAUUUGUAUGUAUGUAUUUUAAAGAUGUAUAUGACUAGAGCUUCUGCAGACUGUAACUUUUCUCACAAUGACAAAAUCAAGAUUGGGCAUUCAGUUUUUUUUUUACAUAAAAUGAGAGGUAUUGCUUAUCUUUCAUUAAUUUUGUGCAGCUCUCUAAAUAAAAUACAUUUUGAACAGAAA